AUGCCGCGGUCAAUCGACUCCUCUUCCGACGCCGACACUCUGCUCGGCCAUGGCAACAGCUCGCCAGACAGAUUGUCGGUCGAGAAAUCGUCCCUCGUCCAGUUUCCGCUCAAGAGACGAUGGCGCUGCGCAUCCAUCACAACUCCAGUGAUCCUGCACCUCUUCCUCGCGGCCUUUUACACGACGCUCUUUUUCGCCUUUUGGGACUACCGCGGCUGGAAGCCCUCGGGCAGCCACAAGAGCGGGCUCCUCGCCUACAGCCCGGCAUGGGAGGCCAUCAAGUGGGAGCCGCAGCUGUUUGAAAGCGAGAUUGAGGAUUCAAAUGUGUUCAAAGGGCCGCCACGACCUGAGCUCGAUGAGGCAUGGAACAAGCUCCUAGGGCCUACGGCCGUCCGAGUCAGCAAGGAGACUUUGGACAAGAUCAACCGCACCUCGGUGCCGUUGCUUGACGGGUCCGGCUACAUGGCUGGGCUGGACGUGUAUCAUCAGCUGCACUGUCUUAGAUAUGUCAGGCGCUACCUUCACAAAGACUACUACAACAUGACUCAAGAGAAGAAUCUCGAGCAGCACAUCGACCAUUGCCUGGACAGUGUGCGCAAGUACAUCAUGUGCAAUGCGGACGUGGUGAUCCAGACCUUUGACUGGAUCCCCAACUUCCAUCGUCCGUGGCCCAACUUCCGCAUCGUGCACGAAUGCGCAAACUGGGAGGCCAUUGAAGAGUGGGCGUGGGCGCACCACUUUGACGGGUUCGACGAGACCCUGCUCAAGCACCCCAACUUUCACCCAGAACUGCCCGAUCCGUUUGACUACUCGGUCAGCGGCAAUAUCGUCUAG